AUGCGUUCCAACGCCAUCCGCUCUCUUACGCUCCUGACAGCCACCGCGGCCACAGUCGCUGCUGAGAGCACCGUGUCGCUCUUUAUGCCCUAUGCUGAUCCCGCGAGUUUCGUGGCGGAAGUCCUCGGCAGUAGCGGCUCUGCAACCACCUACCGCGUCAACUGCGCCUCUGCCGGUGACGACUGCGGUAUGCCCUCAAGCGGGUACACAAUUAUCCAGGGCGCCUCGACGGUGAAGCAAAUAUAUUCUUUCGACGACUACUACGUCUCAUACGGCUGCAAUCUCGGUGGCACCACCUCCAUCUCCUGCCUAAUUUCGCAGAUGGACAGUACCACAACUCAAGUGACUGACACCGACAUGACCACAGACAUCGGCUCUUUCUUUCUGCCCGUUGUGGUGACUGGCACUGCCACCGCCGGUGCCCAUGCCACCACCCCUGGUGCAUCCGUCACAGGCGGCACGCCUUCGGCGACUGGAAAGACUACCCUGGCCUCGUCGGGCCCGUCUGCGACGAGCGGCGCCCAGGCCACUGGCUCUUCGGCCUCGGCGUCGCCGUCCCACAGCUCCAGCGGAAACGCUGCCAUGCCUCAGAUUACUGGAAAUGCCAACUGGGCUAUUGGGGGUGCUGCUAUGGCUAUGGCUCUGGCCCUGGCUUAA